UUAUUCUUCAUAGUGCGCACCAGUGUCUGGCUCAAACCCAGCGACUGCGUCUUCGGCAGUAGCAGGUCAGAAUGUAUCGCCAGCUGGCGCAGCAAGAGGAAUGUUGACGAGUUUCUUUGGACGGGACCGGUCACGUGUAAGAGACGAGCCAAUUGUAUCUACAAAUCAUGGAGGAAACAUCGAGUUUUCGAAAUCUGCAGUGCCUGGCAGUCCCGUAAAAAGCAGUAAGCUGGGAGUACUGACGGGCAAGUCUUCUGCGAGUGCGGCGGCCGGGACAACAGCAGGAAGUGUAUUGCAUGAAGUUUUUGGCUCUUUACCGAGGUCUUGAUGAUGAUGACUUGAACUACUUGGACACUUGUGAAUCUUUCAUGAUUUUUCUGCGGUGCGUAGCGUUUUUAGGCCCUGAUCAUCUUCAUCUGGUACUUGUACUCUUCUGAGUAACCCUCAGGUAGACGCGUUGCGGCAAUCAGCAACUGGUAGUGCGAUGUUAGGUCGGCAAAGUCAGACACUUGAAAGUAAGCGGAAUAUCGAUGAUGGGUUCUCAGGGCAGAUCGGUCCAUCGAAUUCAAUCCACGGUUUCGCAGAUGGCGGAGCGGGCGCGUCAGGCGGGAACGCAGGCGGAGGUAACGGUCUAGGUUCUAGUAAUGCAAGUAGUACCGGAGCAAGUGGUGGAGGCGGUAUACUGACAAACGGAAUUCUUCGGUCAAAAAGCGCAAACAAGCGAAAAAAGGACCAUUUGAAAGUGGACACCGGUAACGUGGCAUCGUCUGCGGGCUUAGCAUUUCAAGGUCCAGGAGGUGGAGGAGCUGUAACUGGUAACAAUUUUGCCAGCGGCAUCCCCGGUGGUAUGCACCAACCGGAUCAUCAGCAGUUUAUGCAGACAGGGAAUAUGCCUGGACACAAUUUCGGAUCAGGAGGAGGUGACGCGGCAGGAGGUCCUCCUCUCGGAGGUGGC